CUUAUUUCCUUCAUCGGUAAUACCUCGUUACCUUUUACGGAAUCAUCUACUUACCCUAAUGGGAUGCGUUCCAUAUUCCACAUUGGAAGUAUCCCUACUCCUUGAUAGGAAUUACCACCAUCUCUUGAAUGGAUCUUUUUUUGCGGGCUAAUGCUGAUAGUGUCCAUAGCACCCAUAAACCGGCAAACUUGUUUACCAACCAAGUCCUUUUGUCAUGGCGGGUUUGUCAUCGAAUUGCAAACUCGAGGAGUAUAAAAGCUUCAAGGCCCAAGACCUUGAGAGCUUAUCUACUAGAAUUCAGACCUCAGCAGACAAACUUGAGUCCUGACUGAUACGGAAAUCUAGUAAUACCUACGACAAUCAAAACUCUUUCCUCAUGGCCGAAACACGCCUGUUUAAGCCGUUGAAAAUAGGCUACAUGGAAGUGAAGCAUCGGAUUGGGAUGGCUCCACUCACUCGGCUCCGGGCAACUGACGACCACAUACCUGUCCCCUUGAUGGCGGAAUACUACAGCCAACGAGCUUCUGUGCCUGGCACUCUGAUUAUUUCCGAGGGCACCUACGUUUCGCCAUCAGCCUGCGGUGGAUUCGCCAAUGCCCCCGGCAUAUGGAGCAAAGCCCAGGUCGCUGCCUGGAGAACAAUCACCGACGAAGUCCACCGCAAAGGCUGCUUCAUAGUCUGUCAGAUAUUUGCUAUGGGCCGUGCUGCAAAUGCUGAAGUGGCUGAGAAAGAGGGAAUCGAUAUUGUAGGACCUAGCGCCAUUCCAGUCGGACAGGGCAGCGCAAUCCCACGACCCAUGAUCAUACAGGAGAUCAAGCAGACGGUUCAAGACUUCGCGACCGCAGCGAAAAAUGCGAUUGACGCUGGGUUUGACGGUGUCGAGUGCCACGGUGCAAACGGGUAUCUGAUCGACCAAUUCAUUCAAGACGUCAGCAACCAGCGUGACGACGAGUACGGUGGGAGCGUGGAAAACAGGUCUCGCCUGAUCAGCGACAUCAUGAAGGCUGUCGUUGAUGCUGUUGGGCCAGAACGUGUUGGGCUUCGACUUAGCCCAUGGAGUUCAUUCAAUGGUAUGAAGAUGAAGGAUCCAAUCCCACAGUUUGCGGAUAUCAUCAAUAAAGCCAGCAACUUGAAUCUGGCAUUCCUUCACUUGGUGGAGUCGCGGAUAUCUGGUAGCGAGGACCAGGAAGGUGGCGAGAGCCUGGAAUUUGCAUACAAACUCUGGAACGGACCUCUUCUUGUUGCAGGAGGUUUCAAGGCGGCAGAAGCACAGAAACUUGUCGACGAACAAUACCCGGACAAGGACAUGAUGGUUAUCUUUGGAAGAUACUUUGUUUCAAACCCAGACUUGGUAUACAGAAUCAAGAAAGGCCUGGAGCUUAGUGAGUACGAACGCAAGACUUUUUAUACUAACUCGGCUGCGGGUUACGUAGAUUACCGGUUCAGCGCGGAAUAUCUAGCGAGUGAGACUGUUUAGGCUAGCACAAAUCCAACUGUAUGCAUAUCGAACAGAGUUGAGUGGCUCGUGUAUCUUACCGAGUCGCCGCAUACGCAAUAUGUGCUAGAUUCUUUUGUUAGACUGGCGGAGAAGAUCCGAUCUAGCCCCUUACUGUAAAUAGCGCAGCUUUCCUGUAAACCAUCGCCCGGCGGUUACAUGUUAACUAUUCCUCACGUCCGUCACUACCAUGGACGUUCCUUAAAUAACCCUGUACCUAGGUACAAAAUUCCAGGGGUGUAAUGGCAGCUGUUAGUCCCGAUCGUAGGAAAAAUCGAGCUUUGAUGCACGGAAGGAUCAUGGAUCUUGUUUUAAACAAGCUGGACAGCACCGAGACCCGUUUCAGAAUACACACGGGAUACCUUUGAUAACAAUCUGUGGGCUCCAUCGAAGCCGUCGAUUGAGCAAAAGCUUUCUAUAC